AACUUUCAACUUGUUAAUAAUUUCCUGAGGCUGAGGUGCAGUUCAUCCUUCCUUAAUUUCAUUUGUUUCUUACUUAGCAUUUAAUCUCCCUGCAAUUUUUGACUUUUUAUUUACCCUCCGACAGUUAUCUAUGACAACACAAUCUCUUGUUGCAUCUUUAAUAUAGUAAAGAAGAUGGCAAAUUUCUGGUUUAAGAUCCGGAGAGGAUCUUCGUUGUAAUUUAUUUCAGUAAUUGAAAAGAAAAGAUGUUUAUGAAUAAGAUGGCUGAUUCUUCUUCUGAUUCGGAUGUCGCCUGUCAAGAAAAAUAUGAUGUGUUUCUUAGUUUCAGAGGUGUUGACACCCGCGAUACUUUCACCAGCCAUCUCUAUGCCGCUUUAGUUCGGAAGAAAAUUGAGACAUACAUUGAUUACAAGCUUGAGAGUGGGGAUAAAAUUGCACCUAACCUUCUAGAAGCAAUCGAAAAAUCAAAGCUUUCGGUCGUCAUUUUCUCGAAAAACUAUGCUUCUUCCACAUGGUGUUUGGAGGAACUUGCGCAUAUACUAGAAUGCAAGGAUAGAUACGGACAGAUUGUUGUGCCCAUUUUUUACAACAUAGAUCCAUCCCAUGUACGAAAACAGCAGGGGAGUUAUGGAGAUGCAUUUGCUCAACUUGAACAACGUUUCAAGGACAGUAUGGACAAGGUGCUCAAGUGGAGGGCUGCUUUGACGGUUGCAGCCGAUAUCUCUGGGUUUGAUGCCUCAAACAAAACAGGGACAGAGGCCGGUUUUGUUGAGAAAGUUGCCCAAGAUGUUUUGAGCAAAUUGAAUCACAAAUCGUCAAGCAACUUAAAGGGCCUGGUCGGAAUUGAAAUCCAAAUUGAGCAAAUUGAAUCAUUAUUAUGCAUUGAUUCACCAAAUGUUUGCACUGUGGGUAUUUGGGGAAUGGGUGGUAUUGGCAAGACCACCCUUGCUGAAGCUGUUUUUCACCGACUCACUUCUAAAUUUGAGGCUUCAUGUUUUCUUCCAAAUGUGAGGGAGGAGUCAGAAAGACAUGGACUAAAGCACUUGCGGAAUGUACUUCUUCGUGAGAUACUAAACGAAAAAGAUCUAAAUAUUGACACUCCAUCUAUAGGACGAAGUUUUGUUCGAGAAAGGCUCAGUCGUACAACGGUACUCAUUGUUCUUGACGAUGUGAAUGAUUCAAGCCAAUUGGAACUUCUAGUUGGUGAUGAUAUUCGGUUUGGUCGAGGAAGUCGAAUCAUUAUAACAACUAGAGACAGACGACUACUUAAGAAAAUGGCUGAUGCUGACAAGAUAUUCAAGGUUGAGGGAUUAAGCUGUGAUGAAGCUCUUCAGCUCUUUCAUUUGCACGCUUUUAAAAAUGACUCUAUGGGGUCAUAUUAUGCAGAGUUGUCAAGAAUGGUGGUCGAUUAUGCUGGAGGCAUACCGCUAGCUCUUAUAAUUUUGGGCUCCUUAUUCCUUCACUGCGAGAGCAAACAAGACUGGGAAGAUCAAUUGAACGAGUUGAAAAAGUUUCCCAACCGUAAAAUUCAGAAUGUGUUGAGACUAAGUUACGAUGGUUUAGAAAAAAAUGCAAAGGAGAUAUUUCUUGAUAUAGCAUGUUUUUACAAAGGGAUGGAUAUAUGUCUUGCAAAAGAAAUGUUAGAUAUUCGUGGUUUUUUUGCGGGAGGUAUUAAAGUUCUCAUUGAUAAGUCUCUCAUUUCAAUUUCAGAGAUGAACUGCCUAGAAAUGCAUGAUUUACUACAAGAAAUGGGACUGGAAAUGGUUCGUGAGCAAUGUAUUGAGGAGCCCGGAAAACGCAGUAGGUUAUUCAUUGAGGAGGAUGUCUCUCAUGUAUUGAAGAAUAAUACAGGAACUGCAAUGGUUGAAUGCAUAUUCUUUAAUAUGUCUAAGAUUAAAGAGCUACACUUGAAUCCCGCAGCCUUCAAAAAGAUGUAUAAUCUGAGAGUACUGGAGAUCUAUAAUUCUUCUAGCUUGGACAAUAAGUGCAGCAAAUUGUACCUUCCUGAAGGUCUUCAGUCUCUUCCCGAUACACUUAGUUAUCUUCACUGGGAGGGAUACCCUUUGAAAUAUUUUCCAUCAAAUUUUUCUCCACAAAAUCUCGUUAACAUUCAAAUGGCCCACAGUCAAGUCGAACAGCUUUGGAGUAAAGGCCAGAAACUUGCGAAUUUAAAAGUGAUCAAUUUUAGCUUCUCCAAACGCCUGACUGAAAUUCCAGAUCUCUCUCUGAGUCGAAAAAUUGAACAUAUAAAUCUUGGUUGCUGUAAAAGUUUGGUUGAAAUUCCUUCGUAUUUUCAAUAUCUUGACAAACUUAGUUUUCUUGGGCUGAGAGGAUGCUCGAAUCUCAAAUAUCUUCCAGAGUUGCCAAUCAGCAUUAAAACCUUAUAUUUGUCAGAGACUGCAAUAAAGGAAUUGCCUUCAUCAGUUUGGUCAAACGAAAAUCUUUCUCACCUGGAUAUCGAAUUUUGUAAAGACCUUGAGAAUCUUCCAAGCUGCAGUUGCAAACUGAAAUUCCCCUUUCGGUUUAGUAUAGAGGGCUGCUCAUCACUUUGCAAGGUUUCGGAGCUUCCUAGGGAUAUACAAGAGUUAUUUUUGAAUGGGACAGCAAUAGAAACAUUGCCUUCAUCAAUUGAGUGUCUCUUUGGUCUUACUGAAAUUGGACUGAAAGAUUGCAAAAGUCUCGUCAGUCUCCCUACAAGCAUAUGUAAGUUGAAAUGUCUUGAGGGACUUGAUCUCACUGGUUGCUCUAAAUUUGAAUGCUUCCCAGAAAUUUUGGAGCCUAUGGAACAUCUGAAGUUUCUUUCAUUAAAGGGAACAGCAGUUAAAGAGCUACCUUCAUCAAUCGAAUAUCUCUCUCGUCUCCUAAUCAUUGACUUGAAAAAUUGCCAAAGGUUGGUGAGUCUCCCGAAGAGCAUUUGUAAGUUGAAAUCCCUUUGGAAGCUCAACCUGAAAGAGUGCUGUAGAUUCAGCUAUUUCCCUGAAAUCUUGGAGCCUAUGGAACGUCUAGAGUUUCUUAGUUUAAGAAGGACAGCAGUUAAAGAGCUGCCCUCAUCAAUCGAAAAUCUAAUUGGGCUUGAAACAUUAGAUCUCCGUCUGUGCAAGAAGCUUGAGUUUGUCCCAAGCAGCAUCUACAAUUUAAACUGUCUUAGAACUCUUAGUUUUGAUGGCUGUUCUAAACUUAAAAAAUUGCCUUCAUCCUCAUUUGGCUUGAACGAUUUGGAAGAAGCAACUCUCAGUUAUUCUGGUAUAUUAGAAAUCCCUGAUCGCCUCGUUUGCUUAACCUCAUUACGUGGAUUAGAUCUAAGAGGAACCAUGGUUAAGUGGAUACCAGCAAGCAUCAAACAAGCUUCUCGGCUGUCUUGCCUGUUGUUAAAUAAUUGCAAAAGCCUUCAAUCUUUACCUGAGCUCCCAGGGGUACGUUGGCUGGAAGCACAUGGUUGCACUUCUCUGGAGAAAGUGUCAAGUUUAAGGACUCAGCUUGUACAAGGUUGUGAUGAUUACGAACAUGGAGUUUAUGGAAGGAUCCCCGAUAAACUUAUAUUUUCUGGUUGCUUGAAAUUGGAUGAGAAUGCGUGGAACAGCAUAAUGGAUGACGCUCAUCUUCGAAUUAUGCAAAUGACGGCAUCACACAAUGUGGAAUCAUCGGAUGGAAAUUCUUUAGUUACCAUUGUAUGUCCGGGAAAUGAAAUUCCUAAUCAGUUCGGAGCUCAAAAUGAGGGAUCUUCGAUAAAUAUCAGUCUUCCUCCGAAUUGUUUUGGGUCAGACUUCUUGGGUUUCGUUUUCUCUCUUCUGGUUGAAUUUGACAACUAUAAUGUUGAACAAGGAUUGGAGUUCGGAUGUAAAUCCACACUCAAAGGGAAUUGUGGUAAAAGCCAUGAAUAUAGCUGUCGUUUGUGUGAUCGGCUGUGGGGUGAAACCCAAGGUGAAGAAAGCAACGGCUACAAUUUCAAUUCGGACCACGUGUUUGUGUGGUAUAAUACAUUUGACCUUGUGGGGGGAGCACAAUGCUCUACUGCUCUUCACAAUGGUGUCACUGAGGCAUCUGUUGAGUUCUACCCAAUAGAUCAUCAUGACAUACCACUUAACUCAUGCACGGUGAAGAUAAAAAGGUGUGGAGUCCGCCUGUUGUAUGCCGAUGAUACUAAGUAAUCUGAUGUCGCUUGACGGAGCUAAGAGUAGCAGAAGAUACUAAACGUCUGAGAAGUUGUGAUGAGUCUGAAGCAAGCGGAAGUGAUACUUUGAGCCCUUACAAGAAACAAGGGGAUGACCAGUAGCCGAAAGAGAACUAAACUUGAGGUGCAAGAUCAACUAUGCUCGAUCGUAGAGAAAAAACUAUUGUAGACUUGGUAGUCUAACUUAAAAACUGUGGUAGUCUUUCUUGUUUUAUGCCUUCUGCCCUCCCAUGUACCAAAAGAAAUAAAACAAAUCAAUUCCAUCCGAAAUUCGAUUGUAAUAGGAUUUAAGGUACGUAUUCUACAUCAAACAUUUCACGGAAUUAGUUGAAAUACCAAAUAGUAUAUUAAUUGGAUUUUUUGUUAGAAGAA